GGCCCGCGCAAAAAAAAAAAAAAAAAAAAAAAAAAAAAUCAAUGAUUUAAUUGUCCAUCUUAAGAAUCUUAAAACCAAAGUAAGUAGAAGGAAGGAUAUACCAGACAAAAGGGUAGAAGUCAAAUGCUACAGAAAACAUAAAAGAUCAAUGAAACCAAAAGUUGAUGCUUUGAGAAAAGUAACAAGCCUCUAGUCUGACCAAGUAAGAAAGAAAACAACCUAUAUCGGGAAUACAAAAGGGUACCUCACUAUAGAUCCUGCAGAAAUAAGUCGUCCAGCCUGCCCCCCUAAGCCUGGCCACCCUUCUCCCUGGAUCACACGGUUCCCACAUGCUCUGCUUUACAUGCUCCUGCAAAAACCUGCUAACACUGUUUCUGCACUUUCACAUUUGGUUUUCUGCCUCGGCUGGACCUGUUAGUCCUCAGAGGCGUAACACCUCAGAGAAGAUAAUAAGGAAAUAUGAGCUAUGUAAUGCCAAUACUCCACAAUGUAGAUGAUGUGGACAAAUUCCUCAAAAGACACAGUUGUUGUCUAGAUGGGCAUGAGAAGAAAUGGAAAACUUAAGUGACUUUAUGUCUAUUUAAGAAAUUGAAUCAGAAACUAAAAGCUUUCCUGGAAGAAAACUUUAAGCUCACUGGCUUUGCUGGUGAAUUUAUCAACCAUUUAAGGGAGAAAUAGCAAUGUAACACAACAUCCAGAAAAUGGAGGAGGGAACACUUUGCAACUCAUUGUAUAAGGUCAAUAUGACCUUAUAUAUAAGGUCAUAUUGGUCAUAUUGUAUAUGACUCUACAACCAGACCAGGACAUUACAAGAAAAGGAGAUACAGAUCAAUUUCCCUCAUGAAUAUAGAAAAUACUUAAAAUAUUAGAAGUUGAAUCCAGUGAUGUGUUAGAAGGGAAGUGCAUUAUGACCAGGAAACUGGCAGGAUGUUCCCAGGUCCAUGGCUGGAGGGUACCACCUUGAGAGGGUUUUCUUGUGGGGGGGAAGAAAUGGCAUUGUAAGUGUGAGGGGAGGGGCCAGCGGAGGGGAGCUACUCACGCCCGGCCCUGUUCUCAGGAGGCUGGUGGGGCAUCUGCCCUGGGGCCUUCCUCAGAGGCCGCUGUCCACGUUCCCGCCGACCUGUCAGCUCUGUCUCGGGAUGCAACCCUUCUCCGCAAAUCCCACCCGAGAUUGGGUGGGCGACGUUACGCUAAGCUGUGAGUCUGGGGAAGGCAGGGCUGCGUUCUGCAUGGAGGUUCCUCCCCCUUCCCCUGCCCUCGAGGCAUCGAGGCGUCCGCUGAAGGGGAGAGAAGACCCUGCUCCUGUUCUGGGCUGUGUCCUCAGGCAGAGCAGCAGGCGACCCACCUGCUGCCUUUGGAGCCAGGAAACGGCACUGAGUUUAUGCCCCUCCCCGGUAGUUAGUGGGAGUGGAGGGGGGUCACGGAGGUCACCCUGACCAAGGACUGCAAUCUGGCAGGACUCUGCAUGUGGUUGGUCCAGACGGCCCUGGGCCCUGGCCAGGGGUCCUCGGGUCCAGUAAUGGUCAGUGUCCCUGACACUCAGUGCUGGUGGCCUGUGUGGGGACACUGACGUGCUGCCUGGACCCUCUGGACUAGGGGAGUGUGGUCGGCAGGUGGCCUCCAGCUGCCAGCCCCCUCGAACCCGCUGGGGCUGCGUGGGCUGUGGGGGCCAUCGAGGGGCUCCCGGCCCGCCUUCCUUGCGUCCACGGUCUCCUCUCCCUCAGGGGUGCGGCCCAGAGUUCUUGCUGUUCCUGAGACAUGCCAGAACCUUCCUGUCUGGGCCUCGGCCUGUGCUGUUCCCUGCGCUGGGGUGCCCGUCCCGCGAGGUCGCAGGCGCCCCCUCCCCUCUGCUCCUUCGUGGCCGCGGGGCACCGCUGCUUUAAGGGCGACAUCACAAGGCUGCGGAAGGCCAGGGGCGUGGAACUCCGGGCUCUUCUCUUGGUGUUUCUGGAGCGCCCCUGGGCUCUGGAUUUCCACCUCCGUGGGACCACGGGCCCGCAUGUGAGCACUGAGGACGCGGCCAUGGCUGAGGGCAGCGAGCUGGUGAACAGGCUCAUGAUCGAGAACGCAGACCUCAGGAAGCAGGUGCGCCUCAUGAAGGAGAACCAGAUGCUGAAGCGGCUGCUCAGUGAGAGCUGCCAGGAGAGCUGUGGGCGCGGGGGCUGCGACCUGCUCAUCCCCAAGGCGUCUGCCUACCCUGAGGCCUGCUUGCCUUGCAGUGCAGUUCCAGAUUUUGGAAGGUUCAACGGUGGCCCUGAUGCACCCUCCCAGCUGCAGGCGUCCUCCCUGGAGGAUCUGCUGUGCUCACACGCUCCCCUCUCCAGCGAGGACGAUGCCUCCCCGGGCUGUGCGACCUCCUCCCAGGUGCCCUUCAAGCAUUUCCUCAGCUCCCCAGAGCUGUCUGCGCCCCGUGGCUCUGACCGGAAGCUGUCCCCGCUCCUGAGUUCCUUGCAGGACCCGCUGGCGGACAAGAGCCUGCUGGAGCCCAGGGAGGUGGGCCGGCCCAAGAAGGUGUGCUUCUUGGAGAGCAGCCUGCCCUCCGGGGACAGGACCAGGAAGAGCGUCUACCUUAACGAGAUCCAGAGCUUUGCCGGCACCGAGAAGGACGGGCGCAUCGUUGGGGAGAUCGCCUUCCAGCUGGACUGGUGCAUCCUGGCCUAUGUCUUCCCAGGGGUGACCCGGCUCUAUGGCUUCACUGUGUCCAACAUCCCUGAGAAGAUCAAGCAGACGUCCAUCAAGUCCCUGGACGGCUCAGUGGACGAGAAGAAGCGGCUGGAGCUGACGCACCGCUACCUGACGCUGACGGCGUGCCUGGAGAGGCUGGGCUACAAGCGCGCUGUGCACCCCGUGUUCAGCGAGUUCCUCAUCAACACCUACGGCAUCCUGAAGCAGCGGCCCGACCUGCGCGCCAACCCGCUGCACAGCAGCCCGGCCGCCCUGCGCAAGUUGGUCAUCGACGUCGUGCCCCCCAAGUUCCUGGGCGACUCGCUGCUUCUGCUCAACUGCCUGUGCGAGCUCUCCAAGGAGGACGGCCGCCCGCUCUUCGCCUGGUGAAGCCUCCGACCCGCGCCUCCCUGCAAUAAACGCGUGUUGUAACCCGGGCGCCGCGCUCCUCGUCCGCUCUCCGGAGGGCGCGCUGAGGGCGCCAGGGCCCGGUACGCCUACGCCCGCGCUGUCCCGACACGCUGGCCGGCGCCCGGCUGCCCGCCCCACCGCCCACACCUGCACAGCGGGUCGCACUCUAUUAAAAGUCGUCUGUUUGCUGUUC